AUGUCCGCUGCAGGCCUUGAUAUGUCUCUUGAUGAAAUCAUUGCAAAAAAAAAACCUUCGAGAGGAACUAGGAGUGGAGGCCCUACCCGUGGUGGUGGCGUUACAAAACGCUCAAGCGGACCAAUUAGAAACACUCGAUCUUCACUGGCUAGAUCUCGCCCUUACGCCGCAACUUCUACAGCAGCAAACAUCUCCGCAUCCCCCGAAGGAAAAAUCCUUGUUUCAAACCUCGCUUACAAGGUGUCAGAGGCAGAUCUUUGGCGACCUUUGUACGAAAAUUUUUUAUCGUCAACGGCCCUUCUUCGCCUUGUUGCUUUGGUACCUGGAGAAUCAGAAAUCUUUUCUACAACGUUUUCCAAUCCGAACUACCUUAUUGCUCCUUCUGAAAACAAACCACCUGACCGCUAUCAAACCCUCCACACCCGCACUUCGACACCCCUAAUCCCUUUACAACACCAGGAACUCUUCCAAACUAUGAUCGGUCCUGUACGUCAGGUUAACCUCAACUUCGACCAAAGUGGCCGUUCGAAGGGUACGGCAUCCGUCGUUUUUGCGCGAAAAAAUGAUGCAGUUCGAUCGGUUGAAAAACUUCGGAAUAUCACCCUCGAUGGUCGCGAAUUGAAAAUUGAAUUUGUUGUCGCCCCUAAUACAGGUCCUAUCACUCAGCGCAUCGGUGGUAUCAAUGAAACUCGUUCUCCUGCACGCGGUUCAAGUUCUACGCGCGGUUCAACACGUGGUGCCCGUGGUGGCAGAGGACGCAGAACAGAUAACAGACCGAAAAAAACUCAAGAGGAAUUGGAUGCUGAAAUGAGUGAAUAUAUGCAGAUUGAUGAAGAUUCAUCUCAAGCAGCUGAUUCCACUACCGCUCCGUUGGCCCAAUAA